UUUUUUUUUUCCCUGUUGAAACUUGAAACCCAUUCAAACCAAAAUCAGUCUCAAUCUCCUCCACCAAAUCCAUAAACCCCAACAGGAUUACUUAUCGAGUCUGUGGCUCCCUCCAACGACGGCAAGAAAAGAACACUCCGGCAACUACCUAUCGAACCGCGUAGUCAACAAGAAAAGAAUACUCUGGCAACUACCUGUCUUCUUUGUUGGACUUCUUCAAUUCGAACCAAAUCUGUGUUCCUAGUACCCAGGAUUGAGCUCCUUCAAGUUUAGGCCUGCGUUUCUUCUGCUCUGAGAUACAUUUUCAAAAGUGUUAGUGAGGUUUUUGAAGUAAAAUACAACAAUGGAUUCAUCACAGAGUGCAGUAACAGCAGGGACUGGUGGUGGUGGCAAUGGGAUGAUGAUCUCUCAAACCAAUGAUACGGCAGCUACACCUGCUGUGGACAAUCCAAAGCAAAACCUGAACCAUGUCAUCAACUCUAUUCAGAAAACUUUAGGGCUUCUUCACCAGCUCUACCUUACUGUCUCUUCCUUCAAUGCUGCCUCUCAGCUUCCUCUUCUCCAUCGCCUCAAUUCUCUUGUUACGGAGCUUGACAACAUGGUUAAAUUAGCUGAGAAGUGCAACGUUCAAAUUCCUAUGGAAGUGCUAAAUUUGAUUGAUGAUGGAAAGAAUCCAGAUGAAUUCACAAGGGAUGUCAUAAACAGCUGUAUUGCCAAGAAUCAGAUUACCAAAGGCAAAACUGAUGCCUUUAAGGGUUUACGCAAACAUCUUCUGGAAGAACUUGAACAAACAUUUCCUGAUGAAGUUGACUCUUAUAGAGAGAUACGUGCAGCCUCUGCUGCUGAAUCAAAGCGGCUUGCACAGGCACAAAGCAUGUUACCAAAUGGAGAUCUGAAGGUCAAAUCCGAGCUGUAGGUGUUCAUGAGUGUGAACUGAAAGAAAUGUAGUGAGGGAAGUGGUGUAAAGAAUAUCUAAAGUGUGGGCCUGAGGCUGGUCUUGAUAGGAGCAUUUUCUAAUGUACUUGCUAGAGAGAAACAUCCCACUAGCUGUUCCAUGCGGACGCUUGUCAAGUAAAGGGGUUGGGAUGUCCCUUUCUGCUUCCUUGUUCUCUGUAUCUAAUAAGGUUCAGGGAAUUUUUAUUUUUGUUUUUCUUUAUACUUUUUCAGCUGAGUUCCUCACAUUUAUACUCUUACUGUUUAAGUCUACUGUUGAAAAAUUAAUCUUGAGUUCCUUACAUAGAUGCAGCGAGUACACUUCAUUUACAAGCAUAGUACAGGAUACAAAAGUUUUAUUUAAAAAAAAAAAAAUCCCACAAUUAUUGAUGCAAUAAGUUAUAAUUAGAGCAAACUAUCAACAACAUUUUUAUUGAAACUAAUUAUAACCUGCCACUUCAAUAGGUGUCAUUCAGUGGUCGGUGAAAUUUUUUGUUAAUGAAUAUUUCUUUUUUAAGGAAAAGGUUUAUCCCCAAAUCGGUUUGAUAAAACUAUUUACGGGUAUUUAUUUUUUCUUCACAUUACUUAUUUAAUGAGUUAUGUAAUUUGUUGAAAUAAUACCCAUCGAUUAGUUGGUUUUGCAGGAAAGUUUUUUUAGUAUAGAUUUUUAAAAUUUUUAUUUUUUAGGCUCAUGUUUUUCAAAUUACUUUAUUAUUUUUUAAAAGUUGAGGAAUAAGAAGAUAUGAAAUAGGAAAAUUCUUUAUCAUCUUGAAAUGCUUGGUUGCCACGUUGAUCUAAAGUCGCUAUGCAUACUUAGAGCACUAGAUGAUUGCGUUUGGACAAAGUGUGAUGUCCCUAGCAGCCAAUGACAAAUUGACAAUACACCACCCCUAUUUCUGGUCUUAUCCUUUGGGUCCACCCAUGUGGUUUUAUUUCGAUGUUUUAUAUGAUGUCUCCGUCAUAACGUGGCAACAACCUUGUGGUUUCCCACUCUAGCUUACGACUUGUUUGGCCACGUGAGUUAAACAAAAUACAUUGGCUUUUGCUUUGGGACACAGAAAAGGUUGAGUUAGGCCUUUGAAAAUGUUGCCCCAAAGUCCCAUUUUGGAUACAAAUCAAAACUUGGGAGAAUAAAAAGUGAUUCUUGAAGAUUCGAUGUUUACCAAAUGACUUCAGUGGACUGCAGCUACUUCCUACUCUUUCUUUUUUCAUAAAUUACAAAGGGAAAUGAUUCUCAUUGUCUGUUUUGGUAUCACAACUUAUUUGCAUAGCUUAUCAAAAGAAAUAACAUUUAUUUAACUUUUAUUUUUGUUAAAAUACGUGACAAAAAACAAAUGGUUCAGUUAAUGGGUACACUUGGGAGUUAUUUUAAAAAAGUUUUUAUAUUGUCUUUAUGAGAAUUCUAAAAAAAAUUGUCAAAAAAAUCAGUUACUUUUUUCUUUUUUCAUAAAAAGUUUAUAAAAAUGUUUCUUAAACUAAUGUUUUCAAGCAUUCAUUAGUUAAAAAAAAAAAAAAAAAAAAAAAAAAAAAAACUAAA